UGCUGAUGAGCGGCGGAAGAAGAGAAGAAGGAUGGAGAUUCGGCGCUCCAGCGGCUCUGGUUAGGUACCUAGGUACCUAGGUAGUUUAGGUACCUCUGUGGUUAGGUGGUAAUAGGAGGCAGGUACCUAUAGCUUCCCCCCCCUUUCGUGCUCCUUCCCUACUGUACCUGACCUAACCUCUUAGAGGAGGGAUAAGGACCUCACCUCAGGUAAGGUACUUAGGUAUCUAGGUACCCAACCUUACCAGACAACAUGCCUGUACCGUAUUCCGAACCUCUCGCCCUCGCAUACCCUUCACUGCUCUCGGCGCACACUUAUCUUGCCAAUAUUCUUCAGCCCUCCCUUCGAACGGCCCGACGCGCGCUGCCUCUAAGUCGCUAUGGGUUCUCGCAGCCGUGAACAGCGCUUUCUCCUCUAUCCGGAGCCGAUACGGGCACCCUCAGUGCCAUACAAAAAUCGUACGAGGCCCAACCCCACGCUUACCGGCUGGGCUCUGGUGAUCUCCGCGUUCUUGAUAGACUGGCUUAGCUUUCUCCGGCGGAUCGUCUGGAGCAACGCAGGAUUGUCGUCCCUUCGUUCCAUUAGAGAGCAUCUUCAGGAUGUCGAACAGCGAUUCGAUCCCAUGGUCGUACCGCUCGAAGUCGCCGAGGCCGUAGAAAGUCACGUAGAAGGCGAUCCCUUGCCCUCGCCCUCGAUGUCAGAUAAGCCAGAAAUCCCGAAGAAUUCGGUCGCGCACUACCGGUCUCUCUAUCUAACCGGCGAGCUCACACCCCUGGCCGUGGUUCAGUCCGUCAUCCCUCUGAUCCGCCGUGAUACCUCACCACCCGGCGAGCACUCGGCGGCAUGGAUCGAAGUCAGGCCGGAGCUUGUUAUUGAGGCUGCUAAGGCUUCGACGCUACGAUACAAGGAGAAGCAGUCGCUGGGACCUCUGGACGGGAUACCGGUAGCGAUCAAGGACGAUUCGGAUGUGGAGGGGUAUGCGACGACUCUCGGUUCCGUACACAAGUAUGAGGAUCCCGAUCGAGACGGCCAUGUAACUGAUAACUGGUGCGUCGCCAAGUUGAAAGAAGCUGGUGCAAUCAUCAUGGGCAAAACCAAUAUGGUUGAAUAUGGCAUGGAUGCCUCCGGUAGCAAUACUACGUACGGCACCCCGCUCAACCCCUAUAACAGCCGUUAUUACACCGGGGGCAGUUCCUCUGGAUCUGCGUAUGCGGUAUCGACUGGUCUGGUUCCCAUCGCAAUGGGGAGUGAUGGCGGCGGUAGUGUUCGGAUUCCUGCCUCUUUUUGCUCUGUUAUUGGCCUCAAACCAACUCACGGCCGACUAUCAUUCUUCCCGGGUGCGAACCAUGCCAACACCUGUGCGGUCAAAGGGGCCUUGGCAGCCGAUAUGGCCUCACUCGUGACUUUGUAUUCUGUCGUUAGCGAGCCACACCCUACCUCGCCCUUCUACGUGCCGUCAAAGCUCCCCUCGCCAUCGCGCUUCACGGUUACGAGUUUAGCUGGGGGCGUCAACCGUCAUAAGACAAUCGGUGUCCCCGAGGCUUGGUUUCGGCGAGCCGCACCGGGUGUCCAAGAGAUUUGCCGCGAAAGCAUUAAACGACUCGCAGAUCGCAAGGGUUACGAAGUCGUGCCCAUCGAGAUCCCCUUCUUCACAGAAGGGCAGGUCGCGCACAUUAUAACGAUAGUCGCAGACGCGUCGUCGGCAUUGACAGGCGCCAGCGGCAUCACGGCCUCUAUCCGCAUCAUGGAGGGAUUAGGCCGGGCGACCCCCGCCACAGAUUACCUGCUUGCCCAGAAGCUGCGCCACGUGCUCAUGCAACACCUCGCUUGGCUCUGGGAGACGCAUCCCGGGAUGGUCAUCGUCACGCCGACGACGAUGUGUGCCGGCUGGCCGAUCCGCUCAGCCCUCGAGCUCAAGUACGGCAUUAAUGACGGAAACCAGAGCUUCGCAGCAAUGGGAUAUACGUGGAUGGGCAAUUUCUGCGGGCUCCCGAGCAUCAGCCUGCCCGCGGGCUACGUCGUUCCUGAGGGGCACCCGCGCGAGGGUGAAGUCGCCAGCCGAGACACGGUAGGAAAGGUGCCCGUUGGAAUCAUGGCAACAGGCGAGUGGGCAAGCGAGUCCGCGCUCGUGCAAUUCGGCUUGGACGUGGAGGCGUGCUCUGACGAACCAUGCCACCCCCCCAGAUGGGUCGAUGUCGCAGAGCUAGCGCGGCGGAAACCCAAGGACCAGUAACGUAGCGUUCGCCUGAGGAGGUGGUUUUAGUAGAAACCCCGUUCCAAUCACGCGAGUGUGAAAGGUAACGGCUAAUCACACUGAGCCACUGUCCCGAGAAACUGAGAUGAGAUGAGAUUAGAUUAGAUUAGAUCAGACUGAGGUAUUGUGGGGCUUUCUCGGCGCCUGCCGGCCCGGAUUCGUAGACCUCUGGUUCCCCUCAGACUACCCGGGAGAGGGAGGCUAUAGGCAAUUUAUAUACCAACCUAGCUAAGGAUAUAAAUAUGUUGCGAUAUUCAGACAUUCGUCACAUUAGA